AUGGGAAGCACCGACACCGCUACCUAUCCCCUCAAGUCUAAGGGUCGCACCGAUUGGACCCCCGAGAAGCGCGCUGCUCUACUCGAGACGGUUAUCGUAGCGGGCUCCAAGGCCAUUGAUGUGGAGAAGGUCGCUGCUGAUCUCGGGGUCUCGAAGUCCUCAGUGGUCGAUCAGCUCAAACCCAAUCGAUCCAACAUCCGUCAAACUGCUAUCAAGGCCGUCAAGGGGGCCAACAAGUGA